GGAACGGAUUGGAUCUUUAUUUAGGUUACAUCGAAAGCACGGUUUGGAGUUUUAUCGGUUCUGAACCUGGAGUUCCCACUUUUUUUUUUUUUUUUUUUUUUUUAAACAGACACGCUGUAUAAAAAAAAAAAAUGGCCGCAGUGUGCUGUAUCUGAACGCUUUGUAAAUAAAGAAAGAAAGAAAGAGCGCAAGAAAAGUCGGGCACGUAGUGAGAGAAACGCUUAUAUACGGGGCACCACUGAGAUAGCUGUACUCCCGGACUAUCCAAGUUGUAACCCCUAAUUCCCUUGUCACAUACAAUACAAUACAAUACAAAUACAAUUCCCUGCUCUGAUGGAGUGCCCGCACUUAAACUCCAGCGUCUGCAUCGCUCCGGAUUCCACUCAGUUCCCGAACGGGUCGCCCUCGUCGUGGUGCUGCAGCGUUUGCCGCUCAAACAAAAGCCCAUGGGUGUGUUUAACAUGUUCAAGUGUGCAGUGUGGAAGAUAUGUAAAUGGACAUGCAAAGAAGCAUUUUGAAGACUCGCAGAUUCAAGCCAGCAAUCACAAGAAAUCUGAAAAGCACGACAAGGAGAAGCCCCAGCAUGCUGUGUGUAUGGAUUGCAGUAGCUAUAGCACAUAUUGCUACAGAUGUGAUGAUUUUGUUGUCAACGACACCAAGCUGGGCCUGGUGCAGAAGGUCAGAGAACAUCUACAAAACUUGGAAAACUCUGCCUUCAGUGUGGAUAGACACAGAAAAAGAAAACUAUUGGAAAGUUCAUCCCUCAACAGUAAACUACUGAAAGUCAAUGGUAGUGCCUCUGCUCUGUGUGCUACUGGCCUUCGUAAUCUGGGAAACACGUGCUUUAUGAAUGCCAUUCUCCAGUCCCUCAGUAAUAUUCAACAGUUUUGCUGCUAUUUCAAGGAGCUGCCAGCUGUGGAGUUGCGCAGUGGUAAAACUGCAGGUAGAAGAAUGUACCACACGAGGAGUCAGGGGGACAACAGUGUCUCCCUUGUAGAAGAGUUCCGGAAGACACUGUGCGCUUUGUGGCAGGGAAGUCAAACCGCAUUCAGUCCUGAAUCCUUAUUUUACGUUAUUUGGAAAAUCAUGCCAAAUUUCAGGGGAUACCAGCAGCAGGAUGCUCAUGAAUUCAUGCGGUACCUUCUGGAUCAUCUUCACUUGGAGCUUCAGGGAGAAUGCAAUGGAGUUUCCCGCUCCGCGAUUCCACAGGAAGGAGCGAUGCUGUCUGUAGGGGGCAAAUGCUGCAUAAAUGGGACUUCUACAGUUGUGACAUCAGUAUUUGGAGGUAUUCUUCAGAAUGAAGUGAAUUGUUUGAUAUGUGGGACUGAAUCUAGAAAGUUUGAUCCAUUCCUUGAUCUUUCGUUAGAUAUUCCAAGCCAGUUUAGAAACAAACGAACAAAGAACCAAGAAAGUGGACCAAUUUGCACUCUGCGAGACUGCCUGCGCAGUUUCACAGAUCUGGAGGAACUUGAUGAAACCGAGCUGUACAUGUGCCACAAAUGCAAAAAACGUCAGAAGUCCACGAAAAAAUUCUGGAUUCAGAAGCUACCAAAGGUGUUCUGCUUGCAUUUGAAAAGAUUUCACUGGACUGCGUAUCUCAGAAACAAGGUAGACACCUAUGUAGAAUUUCCACUGCGAGGUCUAGACAUGAAGUGCUACUUAUUGGAGCCUGAAAACAGCGGUCCAGAAAGUUGUCUUUACGAACUUGCUGCUGUGGUUGUGCAUCACGGGUCAGGUGUUGGUUCUGGACAUUACACAGCAUAUGCAACCCACGAUGGCCGCUGGUACCAUUUCAACGACAGCACGGUCACGCUCACUGACGAGGAGACCGUGGUGAAGGCCAAGGCUUACAUCCUGUUCUAUAUAGAACGCCAGCCCAAAUCCGCAUCGGACUCCAAACUUUAGUACCUCUCUCUCCGUCUGUGUCACGCUCACUCUCUUAACCCUUUUAUGUACUGAAGCAUUCAGACAAUACACAACUAUUCCAUUUUUUCCAUCAACACUUGAUCCAAGACUUCAUUUUUGUCAUGCACUUUUUUUUUCAAGUUGCUGUUGUGAAUUUGAGUUUGUUCUCCAAGUGCAAUUUAUUUUUUUAGUUUUUAAACAGUUUUGAACAGUUUUUUUUUUUUUCAGAGAACCUCAGUAAAAUGUAACUGCUGCUUUAUUUUCACUUUUUAUAUAUAUUUUAUAUAGGUGUUUGCUUUUUUGUUGCUCCAUGUUACAUUCCUCUCUUUGUUGGCACGUUUACAUUUGUAUAGGCUCUGUGCACAAGAUGGCAUCAGUGGGCUUCCGGUUUAACUUAUACUGGCAUACUUACUUCCUGUUUAAUACUUGUUGAUGGUGAUUUUAGUUUGUUUUUGGUAUACGCGUGUUUGUUGAAGAUUAUUUCGUUAUUAUUCUAAUAGAUAUUGUUUUAUUUGUACAAUGAGAAACGAGAGGGAAGCACCUCGGAGCAUUUCUGUGCCCCUUUUUGUUCAACGUUGUCGUGAUACACCUCGAGUGUAAGCUUUCAUUCUUUUCCUGCAAAUGAAGAACUGAAAAAAAGGUCAUCAAUAACAUGCACUGAGAGCAGUUUACGGCAACAAAAUACACACGUGUGCAGCAGACACUUUGUAAAAGCGAUGUGCUCAAAGCAACCAGUGGAGGGCGACGAUGGCUAAAACGGGAUUCGGUACCGGUGCUCUUUCAGUGGAAUGAUUGUCGUCAACAACAGGCAAGGCUUGGUGUUUGGGAGAGGAGAGAAAAACCUGAGCCUGUCACCUAAAAAGACGCAAUGGACUGUUCAUUAAUGCUGCUAACCCAUGAUUCUUGUUCAGUACCAGAACCUGCAGCCCUUGAUGUAGAACGUAGCAAUUAUUAGUAAUUUUAAUAAUGCAAAGAAAUUGAAAUUGAACUUGUGUAACUGUAAAUCAAACCUUGAACAACAGCUACACUAAUUUGUGUCCCGCACUCAAACUGCGGCUUCUCAUUCUUCUUCAUCGAUCUGAAACAACUGGCCCUCAUACCGAUUUCACCUGUCAGCCUGUCUUUGUUUGAUACAGGUUAACGACAGCAAUAUAGACGUUAUGUCUGAGGGAAUACAGUGCUUGAAAUAAAAUAUAAAACCAUCAUAGCAUUACAACAAUAAUUUGAUGUAAUGCAGGUGCAGUUUGCCACUUAGCUAAUUUUAUCAUAAACAAAUGUAUUAAAUUCCAACCGAUUAUGCUAUCAUCACAAUAAAGUACAUGUUAUUAUUUAUUUUCUUAGCAGAGCGAGUUAGAGUUGUCGCAAAAUAUACAUAUUUCAUGAUUCACAAUACAGUAAGAGGAGGUAAAAUAUACAAUUACUUCAGUCCUAAGAGCAACUUUAACUAUCAUACUUAGUUUGAUAAUCACAAUAUAGUAAGAGUACAUACAAUACUUUUCAUAUUUUAAUGUCAUAAUUAUAUUUUCUAUGUUAACAUAGAAAUAACAAUAUAACUUACUCAUUUAAUAUUGAUUUUACCACAACAGUUUUACAGAUAUGCAAAGACUGACAACAAACUGAAAACAGCUCCUGCUCGUAGUUGCAGAGGUAGCUGGAAACGUUCAUGUUCAAACCCUUUUCCAGUUUGUUUGAUGGAGCUUUGCUGCACAGUUUAACUGUUCUAUGGACAUCAUUAACUGUGAUCCUUGGUAAGUCCUGAAGGCAACACGUAUAAAACAAGGCCAUGGCACACUUCACAAGCUGUCAUAAAUCAGACUCGAAUACUGUAUUCUAACUCAAGCAGAUGUUAACCGUUAGUAACUAUGCCGGUAUAAGAGAAUUCUGCAAUAGGAUGUGCACAGUGCCUAUUAGAUUGAAGUUUUGUGUUGGGAUUACUUGUCCUUUCUCUUGAAGAAAUAAAGGAUCUUCACAAAGGAGGAACCUAUUAUGAAAGACUCGCACUAGCUAAAACUGCCACUUUGUUUUUUGAAAUCGCCCUCAGUUAUUGUGAAAACCAUUACUGUAAGCAUUUGUUACAUACACAGUAUAUGAAUUGUGAAAUCUGACUCCAAAAAUACGAUUACAUGUGAAAUGUGAUUUUUUUUUUUUUUUUUUUUUUUUUUUUCCAGGUACUGUAGUUCUUGUAUGAGUUUCAGUUGUAAUUGGUGAUAUUUAAAAAUGCACAUGUGAGAUGUCUCAAUGUAAUAUCAUACAUUGCUUAAUUAACACUGAAGAAACAUUAUCAGAGACUCCGGAACUGAACUGACCUGAAAUAUCUGUGCUUCAGCAUACAGCCAGCAUUGUUAAACCAAACUUUGGGUUUUGGUACCAUUUUCAUAAGUGCAUUUUAUGUUUUAAAAGGUGCUAUUCAGUCAAAUAUUGUUCAAAUAAACUGCACACAUUUAGGUUUAUCUAUUUCAAAUUCACACCAUAACUGAAUUAAAUCUUUAAGUGUCUUAAAGAUUAAUGCAUAAUAUACUCUAGGUGACACUGCUUCUCUUUUGUGUUUUUGAAAUUUAAAAUUACUUUUUUUUCAAAUACUAACAGCUGAUUCUAGUUUCAUUAUUUCUUCUAUAAUAUGGGUCUGAUUCUGUAAAAAAAAAAAAAAAACACCACAUAAAAGCUUGGCAUAAUAGAUUUAGCCAGGAGAAUUAAUUUUCAUGGAUGAGCCUGUGAAAUCAUUAGAUUUCAGGUGCAAAUGUGCACAAGAAAAAAUGAAAAUGUAUUAAGUUUUAAUUGCAAAAAACAGAAAAUAAAGCUUUCUUUAGCCAAUAUUUUGCUGUUUGUUAUAAGAAUGACAGUUAUGCUGUUAAGUGCAUAAUUGGCACUCAAUCCUGAUCUUAAAAGAAAUAGUAUUUAGUAAAUUUAUCAGAUUACAUUGGGCUAAAAGAAGCUGGUAAAUAGUUACCAAACUUAAAUGUGCCUCAGAACAUACAGUAUAUUGUAGGCCUUUUAAAAUGAUUUAUCACAGUUCAAUUCAUUCUUAUUUAAAUGUUUGUAUCACUCAUUUUGUAGCACUACUGACUUUUGUGAUCCAUUCAACUGUUUUGCUAUGGCUGUUUCACAAUGACAAGUGUUUAGAGAAUUAAAACACACAGAACGCAGUAGAAUAAUUCAGAAGCGAAUGCUAAACCGUGAAUGCAAUGGUCCUCAAUCCCUUUGUCUUUUUCAUUUGUGUAUUUUUUUUUUAGUGGAAAUCAAGACAUACCAAUAUUAAGUUGUCUAAAUCGAACAAACUUUUUAGUUUUUUUUUUUGUAAUUUCAAAUGCUGUUUAAGGGGAGUAACAAAGUGUUUUAUUGACAUUUGAAUUAUGCACCCCAUUAUCAUCCAAAUUUUAAAAAUGGUAUUGAACAUGGUUUGUGGCCAUUGUCGGACCGAGUUUAAAGUUGAAUGUCUCUUUUGUUCAAAAAAACAGUGUUUCUGAUAUUACUGCUCAAUGCUCUGUGGAUCUGGUCUGUGGAGUAAUCUCUUGUUUUUUGUUGUUUCUUGACCAUCUGGUUCUCCUAAGUUCAUCAAAAUAGCUGUCUGUCUUUCAAAGGAAAGAUUAGUGCUGUAGACAAUCCCCUCAGUGAUUUAUGUACUCGGACAAAUCUUAAUCCAAAAACACAGUAAUCAGCACUGUUAUCACCAAAUUUGCGGAUUCAGAUACAAUGUCAGCAAUAACUGCGUGAUGUGGUGUAGCCUAUUUACUUUGCACUUGUCUGAAAACUUGAAGGAAGAUUCCAAUUUUGUAAAACCAUAAAUUUCUGAUUUUAUUUUAAUUGUACUAUCUCCGAAUUGUGGCGGACGGUCUAGUAUUUCUUUCUAACACCUUAAUCCAAGCUUACUUUCUUCACUUGUCUUAUGGCCUUUCUAGUAUGUAAAAGAGGAUGAUUUUUAUUUAUUUACACCUGGUUACACCAUUUAAUGCCAACCAAUGUACUAAUUUGUGGGGUUAAGCAAUUAAUUGCAACCACUUGACUUUUGUUCAGUACUUUGUACAGCAUAUUAUAGUUCUAAGAUGACCAGCUUUGGCCAUUUUAAGCGCAGACCAAAAAACAUAUAUUUUAGUAUGUUAAAAUAUUAAAAAGUUAAUGAAUUGAUGUAUAAUCAUUCAAUGGUAGUUUUGAUUUUGUGAAGCUGUAAAAAUCUUUUAAGCCAUUUUGGUAUUAACCACACCAAUCUGGACCUACAAAUAGGACCAGGGAUAAAUUGCCUUAACUUUUUAUAAAAAACAGUAUAUUUUAAGUUAUGUAGUCCAGGUAUUUCCAUAGUAACUUGAAUAGGGAUAUAUAGAUGCAAGUGUUGGGUGGUUAGGAUUAAUUUCCUGAGAUACAAUUUUUAAUUCUGGAAACUGUUGCAGUUUAAAGCAGCAGCCAGCACGUGAAUGGGGGGAACAUUGAUUUUAUAAAGCAUUUGGAGGUUUACAAGACGAUAAAUUGUGUUGAAGCAUUAGAUGCCUGCCUAGAGUCGAUCAUCUAUUGCCUGUGUCGGAACUUUCACUGGAUAAUUCUUAAAAGAGGAUCUGUAAAUAACAGGUUAACAGCAUGGAAACAGGCGUUUCGGAGCCCGAUCGGAGGUAAUCUUUUAUUGGCAGUAAAUUGGCCCUGGCCUGUGUUUCACUAUUUGCAUGAAGUAUCUGCUGUUGACUCGUGGGACCUUAACCAUAUGAUGUACUGUGAACCGUGUAUUAGGGUUUGUUGCAACAGUCCAGUUUGUAGUUGUAUUCCAGGUUUCUUUUUUCAUAUUUUGUUCAGUUAUUAUUAUUAUUAUUAUUAUUAUUAUUAUUAUUAUUAUUAUUAUUAUUAUUAUUAUUAUUAUUUUAUAACUUUCUCCAUUUUCAUCUGAUGAAAGGGCAUAUGUACUGUCGUCCUGAAAGCUUGUGCACAUUUUGUGACAAUUCAGGGCCAUUUUAAAAGCAACCUGAAAGAUUUUUAUCUUUUUUUUUUUUUUUUGUGAUUGUGACCAAAUAUUACAUUGUGUAUAUAGUUUUACCUUAACCACAGUAUUAGUUAGCGUAACAGCAAACCUAACAAGAAUGUAUUUAAAUAAUUAAUGGUCAUUAAAUUGUAGUCGCAUCCCAUGGCCAUA